GUCAGAUUCAAAGUAACAACUUCAGUAUGGUUGAGUCCCCCCUGUUUUUGUGAAAUGUGUUUUUAAAAGUUCUUGACAACUUUUUGCCCCAAAAAACUCAGUUAAUCGUGCGUGAAAUCACUUAAAGCCACUCAAGACACACGCCCAGCGAGGUGCUGUGCUGUGCUUUUGGUGUUGAAGAUGAUGGAGCCAGACACUGUGAGCAUCAAGUCGUCGGAUUCAGUGACCACAAGUGGAGAGUACGAAAUUGUUCCGGAAGGCAUGUUGUCUCCACUUGGGGCUCGAUCUCCGGAGGCAGCAUCAGCUGCUGGCCAAAUUGCCUCAUCCCCAACUCUCAAUAUCGCCAACAAUGGUGACAUGCAGGAUCUCGAAAAGAAUCUCACGGAAGUCAUCCAUGAGCUGGAAGAUUCCAAGAAGCCCGACGAGAAGGCAGAAGGAACAGAAGUUGCAGCAGUCCGGGCACCGCGGCCCUCGACUUCCGCUGUCAGGGAGGCCUCUGAGGCAGUGGCACAGAUUUUGCCCUCGCCGGAGGUGAACAAAGUGGGCCAAUCGAUUUUCUACGACUGUCUCGAUUUGAGUCCAACGGCCGAGAAGCAGGACGACAUGAAACCCGAGCAGAACGACACGGAAGAAGACAUGUCUGAAAUCGAUCAAGAUUGCACAAUCUUCUCAGGAGUGACAUAUUUGGGUGCCACCCUUAUCAAUGCCCCGAAAUCCGAGGCAGAAAUCCAUCGAAAUAUGACUGAAGUCAACAGUAUAUCCAAUUGUGUUGGUCUCAAGGUAUCUGUGAGCAUUCCAACGUGCUCUGAAGGCUUUGUGGUGCUCCACGAUGCCUCUACAAAUGCCACUGUGGCUCACUAUGAGGUCCACCGGAUUCUGUUUUAUGCCAGGGGUCCGGCAAAUACUCCGGAUCAGGCUUGUUUUGCCUUCACGUGGUCUCAUGGGGAUUCACAGGAAUCUGCUGUGUUUCACUGCCAUGUGUUCAGGUGUCACAUUCCUGAGGCCGUGAAUCAGGUGAGUUCGUGCUUUGCCAAGGCUUUUGAGCGAUUUCCGGCCAGCUUGACCGGAAGUGUCACGUCAACGGUGGACAAUAGCGCAAUGGUGGGCUCUAUUGUGAGCGAUUUAUCUGCCAAUGUUCUCAAUUCUGCUGAAUAUGAGUUCAUUGUGUCACUGGAAAUUCGAGAGAAGAUGCCCAAGAAUACGUACAGUGUUCCUAGGGAUCGAGGAGGGUUCAAGUUGCGUUGCAAUACUGACAAAGAGGUUCACAUCACUGUGAAGCAGACCCCGUCGGCAACACUGCCGACGCUCAUGAUUGAGCGAUGUUUUGGGGUUCUGUUGACGCCAGGGAAAGUUAUGAGGCAAGCAGACAUGCAACUCCUGGAUAUGGUAUCCAUGGAAUAUGUUAAACUUGAGAAUCCUCCGCCUCAAGCUGUUCCAACGUACCAAAUCACAGCUGAAUGGAAGGCUAAUGAUAAGGCGCUUGAGCAACUGAAUCUCGAGUCACAGCGCAUGGAUGUGACUGUGGCGGUUGAUUUGGUGAUUAAGGGUAUCCAGGAACCUGUGAGGUUCGUCAUUGAGACCUCUGUGGUUAUUCAGCCGCAGAGCGAGUUGAGAUUCAUUGAGAAUUGGCUCAAUAAAAAGUCCAAUUUGGUGAUGCGGUACUACUUGCAACUCAAGAAGAAUGUCGAAGGGAACUGGGUAGUAGCAUCGAUUGAUCGUUCUGAGGAGAUUGCAGAGACCAAUACUCAGCCAUCAAUUCUGCGCUUCAGCAUAAACAAUCUGUCCAAGAUGGUGCGCUCCACGAGUGCUGUGUCCUUUGAGCAGGAAGACAGUCCCACGGACUACAGCUCAGACGGGGAUGAACCCCUGCUGAGUGGUACUGGGGAGGUGUCCAAAGAGUGCUCGAAGGACAUUCUGGAUGAGUGGAAGCCCAUUUUGCAGGAAUUUGAGCGUUUGGACAGCAAGAGGCCCAAGAUGCUGGCGCCUCUUGUGAGAUUGGGUAUUCCGGAAGCUCUGCGCGGAACUCUGUGGCAGAAGUUGGCAAGAGUGGAGAAUUCCACAGAGUUGACGGAGAAGUAUCGGCUUCUGAUAACCAUGGAGACAAAGUGUGAGGCAAUGAUUCAGCGGGACAUCCACAGGACAUUUCCAGCACACAGAUUCUUCCAGGAUUCCGGAGGUUUUGGCCAGGAUGCUCUCUACAAAGUGUCCAAGGCUUAUGCAGUCUACGAUGCCGAAGUUGGCUACUGCCAAGGCUUAAGUUUCAUAGCAGCCAGUUUGUUGUUGCAUAUGCCUGAGGAGGAGGCUUUCAGUGUCCUCGUUGCCCUGAUGUAUGACUAUGGGCUGAGGGAUUUGUACAAACAGGGCUUCGAGAGUCUCUAUCUGAAGUUCUAUCAGCUGAAUCGACUCAUGAAGGAUCAACUGCCAAGGCUCUAUGAGCACUUUGCGCAGAUUGGCGUUGAGACUCACAUGUUUGCCAGUCAGUGGUUUCUUACACUCUUCACAGCUCGCUUCCCGCUCUACUUUGUCUACCACAUUCUCGAUGUUUUCCUCCUGGAUGGGAUGCCAAUUCUCUUUCAGGUGGCCAUGACGCUGCUCUCAGUCUACGAGCAAGAUCUUCGACAGCUGGACUUUGAAGGGGUUCUCAGAUACUUCCGAGUGACUCUUCCGAAAAAGUGUCGCACGGAGAAUCAGGCCAAGAAGUUGAUGAAGAUGGCCUGUGAGCGCAAAGUGAAGCGUCUGAAGCAUUAUGAGGAGGAAUUUGUGGCUCAGAAGGAGCUGACGGAGCGUGAGGAACAGGAAACGAGGCAGUACGAGAUGCGUUUCCACGAUGAACGUAAGAAGUUGCAAAAUGAAAUUGUGCAGAUGCAGGAGAAGAUCACGCAGCUCACAGAGCAGGCGAAAGUCAAUGCGGGUAUUGUGUUGGACUACAAGCAGAUCAUUCAGAGGCAAGAGCAGCAGAUCACGCGGCUCAGUGAUCGGCUAGAGGAUAUGACGCGCGAGAUGGCGGAUUGUGUAGUGUGUUCAGGACAAGUUACUGCCCCGCAGCCCAAUUCGCCCAUCCGAAAGGUACUGGGGAUGUCAGGGAAGGUGCCAGACAUGCCUCUGGGACCUCUAGAUCCACUGAAUGUGGCACUGCAGAGGGUACGUGAGCUGGAGCUUGAGCUGGCUCAAGCCAAAUUGGCUCAAGUGGAAGCAGAGUGCAAAAAUCAGGAUCUGAAGCAUCAGUUGAACACAACUCUCACGGAGAUUCAGUCAAAUCGGAGCAGCUGGCAACCGUGGUUGUCGAAAACUCUCAAUUCCAUCCAAGAGAAGGUUUCCACGCGCAACAAUUUGCCAAAUUUUCAAUCUUACACUAGUCCAGACACACACCCGCCGCUAAAGACGCGCGAGAGUGCGCCAAAUUUGAAGACAACUCAGCGAAGUAGCCUGAGAAAGAGUGUGGAACUGUCGCCAAAGCAUACGUCGACAGAAUCAAAGUCCACGGAAGCGUCAGUGAGUUGUGAUGUGAAAUAACAGCAAGAUUCUUCCAUGACGAGGAGUAUGUCGUUUACGUGAUUUUUAAAUGCAAAAAGAGAGAGAAUCUUUGAAAACUUUUUAGUCUUACAUCCAUAAACAGAGAUAAAGAAAAAAAAUCACAAACAUCAAAUUUCUCCCUGGGGAAAAAAAAGAAGAAAUAGAAUUGCCAGACCAAAGACGAAACGGGAGAUUUGUGGGGAUAAAUAGAAUGUCCUGCAGUACUUUUUUCUUUCAGUCCUUUUUUUAUUUUGAUCCUUGAGCAAUUUUUGGGCAUAAAUGUGUGCAGAGAAAAUAAAUUAGCUUCAGGGAGAAUUCAAAUUGAAUUCUCGAAUGCUUUUUGUGGCGUGUGCUUUGGAGAGGAGAAAUGAAAACAGAGAUUUCCUUCAAUCAUGGAGGAUUUCUGAUCCUCAUGGGAAUCGGGAAAUCCUUGGAAGAAUAUGAAGAAUUUUUGUGAUAGAUUUGAAAGAAGAAUUGUUGCCAACUUGGAGAGUGAUGGUAGUUUGGAGGGGAUUGUGAAGAGAGGGAGGAAUCGAUAUACCAUGAUAUUUUAUGAUAAAAAACAUUGAUAAAUGAGAAGUAUCAAAAAAAAGGAAAAAAAUUAUUAAUUUUUGUACCGCACUCGUAGUUUAAUGAUGCUAGUGAAAAAAAAUGUAGAUCUGUGCUUAGGAAUUUUGUUGUCUCUCGGAGAUUGCAACUUCUGUCAUCUUCAAAAAAAAAUUUACACUUUCCUACACAACUAUUUAACUUAAAAUCAUAAGCAUUUACGUACCAUGUGGAUGGUAGAUGAAAUAUUUAAAGGAUAUUCCAAUUUUUAUGCCAUAAUGUAACCCUACAUUUAGAAUUUAUCAACUUAAAAUAUACACUGAUGAAUUAAAAA